AUGUUCUUACUUUCAACGGGUACUCAUUGGACAUUAUGCUUCACAGCAAAGAGGCUUUUGACAACAACAAUACCAAAACAAACUUUAAAGAAGGUGAUAGAUAAUGGUCAAACUGUGACCGAGAUCCAUGUCAUAGGUCGAAAAAAGCCUAGAUCUAGACUGUCAGAAAAACUACAAAAACUUCGAGAAGAAGGCUGGAAGAAGAUUGACCAUAUAAAAUACAAAGCACUUGCUCCACCUAAAGAAGUAGAGAUCGCUACGUUAGCUCAUGGUUUGGAUAAAGUAUUAUUUAGGCGUGGAGUGCACUAUCUAAAAGAUCCAGUAACCCACAAGUAUAAUUUUACACCCUAUCUUGAAUUUAUCACACAGCCUGCCAACAUCAACUUUGAUGCGCUUCCUCCAUAUAUCACAUCGUCAAAAGAUAAUAACUUAAUAGAAAUGGCAAGGAAAUAUCAUAAACGCUACAUUGGAUCAACCUCAUCCGUCUCUGCUACCCUGUCUCAAUUUUAUUUUGCCAUGUCUAAUUUUAAGCGGAUCAAUAUUACUGGGCUGUCAAGUGUCUUUCAAGACAAGUCUACCAAGUUUACCAGAGGAACACAAGUAGCAGCAACAAUCUAUCUGAGAUGGAAAGAUGGAGUUUAUGCAAUAGAUGCAGAUAAAGCAAUGGAUGGAGAUGAGACUAUUUUGUCUGUGAUGGGAAAAUCAUUAGAAAAGGUAUUAACACUUGAACCUAAUGAGUUUGAGAAAUACUUGAAAGAUAAUCAAGAUAUAAAUGUUGAAGAAGAAAGAAAUAGGCCAGAAUCAUACGCUUAUGGACAUGCGGGUAAAUUCCUACUAAGAUCUCAAUUAGAUUGCUAUCAUCCCAGUCUUAAAAGAAAAACGUUUGAUCUUAAAACAAGAGCUGCGAUUCCUGUUAGACUGGAUGUGAAAAACUAUGAGAAAUAUGUAGGCUAUAGAAUAAACAGAUAUAGAGGAUAUUAUGAAUCGUACGAAAGAGAAUACUAUGACAUGAUCAGAUCUGCCUUUCUUAAAUACUCUUUCCAGGUACGCAUUGGUCACAUGGACGGCAUCUUGGUUGCAUACCACAAUACAAGAAAAAUAUUUGGCUUUCAAUACAUCUCCCGAAGCGAAAUGGAUUUACGACUCUUCGGAUCGAGAAAGAUCGGUGACCAAGUGUUUAAUAACUCACUUACGCUCCUUCAAACUGUUUUAGACACUGCUACCCAAAAAUACCCAGAGAGCACCCUUAGGAUAUCAUUCAACACCGUGCCAGGCAAAGAUAUAGCAAAGAUGUAUAUCUAUGUCGAGAAAGUGCCGCCGGGGAAAGAGGACGACCCAGAGUACGCUAUGAAACCUUAUGAGGAAAUAACAGAAUAUAAACUCGAAGUAACCUCAUUUGUCAAUGGAAAACGAAUUCAUGGUCCUUUAACCUUUGAAGAUCCACAUAAAGAUAUGUGGCGUACUCAGUAUAAGUUUGAUGAAGUGAAUGUGAACGAGCAAGAAGGGAUUGGGCGUACGUUUGAACAGAUGCAUCUAUUCUGCUCACUCGAUUGGAAGAGAUGA